GUGACCGAUCGCGCUCAUGCGAUUGUGCGGGUCCGCCCAUCGCAAUGAAGUGGCUGUGUUUGUUUGUGCUGUUUAUGUGUUUGAGGUGCGAAGCUGCCAACAAGCCAAGGAGAGGACGAGGCAGCUUGUGGUGGGGCAUUGCAAAAGCUGGCGAACCAAACAACCUUUCACCAGUAUCACCGGGUGUGCUAUACAUGGAUCCAGGAGUUCACGCAACCUUGAGGAGGAAGCAGCGACGUUUAGCACGGGAAAACCCUGGCGUACUGGCAGCCGUGGCCAAGGGUGCCAGCAUGGCAGUGGCAGAGUGCCAACAUCAGUUCAAAUACAGAAGGUGGAACUGUUCCACAAGGAACUUCCUGCGUGGGAAAAACUUAUUUGGAAAAAUUGUUGACAGAGGUUGUCGCGAGACAGCAUUCAUAUAUGCCAUCACGAGCGCCGGUGUAACGCAUGCAGUAUCCCGCGCGUGCGCAGAGGGCUCGAUCGAGUCUUGCACCUGCGACUACUCGCAUGUCGAUCGAGCGCCGCACCGAUCCCGCGCCGCUGCCGCCGCCAACGUACGCGUUUGGAAGUGGGGUGGCUGCAGUGACAACAUCGGUUUUGGAUUCAGAUUCAGCAGAGAAUUCGUCGACACAGGAGAAAGGGGCAAAACCGUCAGAGAAAAAAUGAACUUACACAACAACGAGGCCGGCAGAAUGCACGUGCAAACGGAGAUGCGCCAGGAAUGCAAAUGUCACGGUAUGUCUGGGUCCUGUACUGUUAAGACUUGUUGGAUGAGGCUGCCCAGUUUUCGCUCCGUGGGUGACGCGUUAAAAGAUCGCUUCGAUGGAGCGUCGCGGGUCAUGAUGCCUAAUACAGAAAUCGAAGCGCCCGUACAGCGAAAUGACGCAGCGCCUCAUAGAGUUCCAAGAAGAGAUCGGUACAGAUUCCAGCUUCGGCCGCACAAUCCGGAUCAUAAAACACCAGGAGCAAAAGACCUAGUCUACCUUGAAUCAUCACCGGGUUUUUGUGAAAAGAACCCGAGGCUGGGCAUUCCCGGCACGCACGGGCGUGCCUGCAACGAUACGAGCAUCGGCGUCGACGGCUGCGACCUCAUGUGUUGCGGUCGUGGUUACCGGACCGAAACAAUGCUUGUUGUGGAACGAUGCAAUUGCACAUUCCAUUGGUGCUGCGAAGUAAAAUGUAAACUGUGUCGCACGGAAAAAGUAGUUCACACGUGUUUAUAGACAAGCUAACGCUAAUGAUGCGUGCACGUAUGUGGUCGACGAGAUGAACUUAGUGUCGGACUUGUGACUCGGACUUGAGUGUGGAUUUUAAACAGUAAAAUUAUUCGGAGGCAGAUAUCAGACGUGUAUAUAAUCGCUUUAGUUUCCCCUCUAUUGAAGUCUUCGAAACCGAUAUUCAUUUUGACUUAUGUAAAUAUUCUCUAUCGCUGUUUAGUUUUCUAAAACGCUUAUAAUUGAUCCGCUGUGAAAUUAAACUAAGCGGCUACUUCAUUUAAUUUAUUUGGCUAUUAAGUGCGAACAUGUGAUCUAGUAGUGUUAUUUUUUGUGAACGCUGUCGUUGGGACACUAAUGAGACCAGUUUGUCGACGCUUUAUUCCUGUCAGCUUGUCAUCCCGCGUUCUCUAUCGAAAUUGGACUUGUUGGUUUCCUGACGCGGUCAAGUGUAUGAAUUAUUAAUAUUAAAUAACGCGCUUAUCGCUGUGACUACUCACCCGGGCGACCGAAAUAUCAGACUACUUUUAAUGGUAUUUCAAUAAUAUCAUUAUAAAGUUAAAAAUUAAUAUUACAUUAUUUUAAUGAAGCCAUACGCUUCUCAUAUUGAUUCAAUUUUCUAUUUUAUAGACGUCAGCGUCGGGUGCACGGUCGCAUUAACUGUUGUAAGAGCUGAGAGCGAAAUUAUCUUGUAAUUAUAAUUUUAUAUUAAUUAUUUGUGUGGUUAAUGGAAUAUGUGGCUUAACUACAUUUGCAUAAAGCGUCUUCUUGGGUGUUCGUUCUUAAAGGUUGCAUUUGAGCCUUAUCAGUGAAUAAGUAGCGCCAUCGUAAAAGUGUCCCACAUUACGAGAUAAACGCUCUCGAGAAUUUUAAUUAAAUAUUAAAUGAAUUAAAUAAUCAGUAUUAUACGUAUAUUAUUGUAUGCGUGCUGCGUCCGAUAUUCCGAGAUAAUGUUGCACGUAAGCCCGAUUGACACUUGUUAUACAUUUUAAACGCUCGUUCGUGCUUUUAAAUUGUCCAAUAUUUAUUAAGCAUGUACAAAAAAAUGUUUUUGCUUUUUUAUAUAUUUUUAAUUAGUGGAAAUAUCGUAAACUGUUGAUUCCGGCUGUUUAUAUUCAUACUUCGAUAUCAAAUAUUAACGUUAUUAGCUUUACAAAUUGUUACCUCUCAUUUAACUGACGGUUUAAAAAACUCGAUAUUUUAUAUAUGUAAAUGUAUUUUGUAUUAGACUGAUGUUCGACAGUUUGCUAAUAAGAUGGAAGCUUUAUUAAUUGUAAUUACUUGUAUCAACGUGAAUGAUAUUUCAUAUGUGAUAUAAACAUAGUUUAAAAUAUAGAUAUUUUUAGUGUUAGUCAUACACCGAGCUUCUAUAUAUGUAUAAUAAGAUACGGCGCUAAAUACAUAAUAUACUUUUAAGCUAUUUAUUAAAAUUUAUACUUAAUACUAUUUCAUUUUACUUUGAGCCGUGUUUAAUUUUUGAAGUAAAAUGAAAUAUUCGUUUUAGUAAUCUCAUGUUAAAACUAACGGUAAUUAAUUAUUAGUAGUAUCACAGGCUCUUGUUGUCGUCAUAAGUAUUGAUCAUGGACUUAAUAUUGAGAAAUUAUUGUUGCAUGUAUUUUUUAUGAUGAAUGGCGAUAACAAGUAAUUACUUAAUCUGUGAUAUGCAUUUAUAUACCAAUAGGUAUCCCAUAUUUAGUACUUACAUAUUUUAACCCGCUCCUGUCGGUUAGUUAUCGAUGAAUUUAAAGACUGAAGUUUUUUUUUUAAAACAAUUCGUAGCUGUACCAUCCGUAAUCGGAUCAUUGAACCAUUUUAAAUGUUAGCAUCAAAUCUAAUGUGAUAAAAUCGAUUUUUAAAAUAUUUUAUCCAUUUCAAAAUCGAAAUUUAAUCUGUACCAUUCGAUCUUUUAUCGAUGACAGUUAAUCCCGAGUUUUAACAUGUGUCCUUGCCCUAAUCAAAUUGCCAGUGUAAAAAAAUGCACAUGUAAAUAUAAUUUUAUUAUGAUAUUUUUUAAGUUAUUUAUGUGAAUGUAGUAUUUUAUUGUUAAUAUUAGAUAACAAUACGAUUUAAAUCAGCUGAACGUGUCUGAAUCUCAAAUACUAUUAUUGUAUAUUGAAUUUACCUAUUUGAAAAAUAUUUCGUCCAGUGACCACUGUUUCGCGGUU